GUCUGCGGUUCAGCGGCAGGAGGGUUAUGAAUUUUUUUGCGUGCUCCCGUUUAUAUUAAAUUUAGUUUUUACGGUCUCGCUUGGUUUGCUUGGUCUGGGCAAGCUACGUUGCAUUGGACUGGAGGAGAAAAAACAUUGCACUGGAGAAGUGGAUUUAAAUUUUUUUUAUUCCAUUGUUUUUCCAAAUUCAAGAAAAGUCAGCUUCCAGCAUGGAUUCCAUUGAGGAAUAUGAUGCCAAUGACUACUAUGAUGACAACGAUACCAUGUGUGACUAUUCCGAGUGGGAGCCCUCCUACUCCCUCAUCCCGGUGCUGUACAUGCUCAUCUUCAUCCUGGGUCUCUCGGGCAACGGCGUGGUCAUCUUCACCGUCUGGAAGUCCAAAUCCAAGCGCCGGGCAGCCGACGUCUACAUCGGCAACCUGGCCCUGGCCGACCUGACCUUCGUGGUGACGCUGCCACUGUGGGCAGUCUACACGGCGCUGGGCUACCACUGGCCCUUCGGCGCGGCCCUGUGCAAGGUGAGCAGCUACGUGGUGCUGGUCAACAUGUACGCCAGCGUCUUCUGCCUCACCUGCCUGAGCUUCGACCGCUACCUGGCCAUCGUUCACUCCCUGUCCAGCAGCCGGCUGCGGUCCCGCAGCACCAUGCUGGCCUCGCUGGGCGCCAUCUGGCUGCUGUCCUGCCUGCUGGCCGUGCCCACGCUGCUGUUCCGCACCACCGUGCAGGACCCCAACAGCAACCGCACCACCUGCGGCAUGGACUUCAGCCUGGUGUCGCCCAGCCAGCAGCACGAGUCGCUGUGGAUCGCCGGGCUCAGCCUCUCCUCCUCGGCACUGGGCUUCCUGCUGCCCUUCCUGGCCAUGACCGUCUUCUACUGCUUCAUCGGCUGCACCGUCACCCGCCACUUCAACAACCUGCGCAAGGAGGACCAGAAGAAGCGGCGUCUGCUGAAGAUCAUCACCACCCUGGUGGUGGUCUUCGCAAUCUGCUGGACGCCCUUCCACGUGCUGAAGAGCAUGGACGCCCUCUCCUACCUGGACCUGGCGCCCAGCACCUGCGACUUCCUGCGCUUCCUGCUCCUGGCCCACCCCUACGCCACCUGCCUGGCCUACGUCAACAGCUGCCUCAACCCCUUCCUCUACGCCUUCUUCGACCUGCGCUUCCGCUCCCAGUGCCUCUGCCUGCUCAACCUGAAGAAGGCCAUGCACGGCCAGAUGAGCUCCAUGUCCUCCACCCUCAGCGCCCAGACGCAGAAGUCCGAGGUGCAGUCGCUGGCCACCAAGGUGUGAGGGGGGGCAGCGUGGGGAGGGCAAGAAGGGGUGGCCCCCCGCAAGCUCGACCCAGGCUGCCGCCCACCUUCCGUCAGGUAAAGGAGGGACUUUUGAAGGGACUUUUUUUUUUUUUUUUUACAUGUGUGGAGAUGGAAGACAGCAACUUAAGGACCCGUGAGGUGAAAUGAACUGAGCUGAAAUUUUUUGCAUGUGUGUAGAUAGGUGUGCAAACGUCCCAUUAACAAUGCAACUGAUGCUAAUGGGGAGAGGGGGUGGGGGAGCGUUGGGGUUAGCCUGGGGGACGCACCGUGCUGGAGACCCCUACACUCCCUCAAUGCUCGGACCCUCUUGAGGUGACCCCCCCCUUUCUCCCCCCUUUCUCCUCACGUUCCAAGAGCUGGGGCCAGCUGGCUGAGCCCAUAGCUGCUGAUAGCUGUGCAUACCUUUUUGACAGAGGUAAACAAUUUUUUUUUCCUUGAAAGAAAGGACUUUUAUUUCCUUGCUUCUCUCUUCAGAUGUUUUAAAAGACGGACAGUGGUGAAACUGCAGG